AUGGCGCUGCUCAAAGUCACGUUCGACCAGAAGAAGCGGGUCAAGUUGGCCCAAGGGCUCUGGCUCAUGAACUGGCUGUCGGUGCUGGCUGGCAUUGUCCUCUUCAGCCUGGGGCUGUUCCUGAAGAUCGAGCUGCGGAAGCGGAGCGAGGUGAUGAACCACUCGGAGAGCCAUUUCGUGCCCAACUCCCUGAUCGGCAUGGGACUGUUAUCCUGCGUCUUCAACUCGCUGGCCGGCAAGAUCUGCUACGACGCCCUGGAUCCUGCCAAGUACGCCAAGUGGAAGCCCUGGCUGAAGCCGUACCUGGCCGUCUGCGUGCUCUUCAACGUGGCCCUCUUCCUCGUGGCCCUCUGCUGCUUCCUGCUGCGGGGCUCCCUGGAGAGCACCCUGGCGCAGGGACUCAAGAGCGGCAUGAAGUACUACCGCGACACGGACACCCCCGGCCGCUGCUUCAUGAAGAAGACCAUCGACAUGCUGCAGAUCGAGUUCAAGUGCUGUGGCAACAAUGGCUUCCGGGACUGGUUUGAGAUUCAGUGGAUCAGCAACCGCUACCUGGACUUUUCCUCCAAAGAAGUCAAAGACCGCAUUAAGAGCAAUGUGGACGGGCGCUACCUGGUGGACGGGGUCCCCUUCAGCUGCUGCAACCCCAACUCGCCCCGGCCCUGCAUCCAGUACCAGCUCACCAACAACUCGGCGCACUACAGCUACGACCACCAGACGGAGGAGCUCAACCUGUGGGUGCGCGGCUGCCGGGACGCCCUGCUCAGCUACUACAGCAGCCUCAUGAACUCCAUGGGUGUCGUCACGCUGUUUGUCUGGCUCUUUGAGGUGACCAUCACAGUUGGGCUGCGCUACCUGCACACGGCACUGGAAGGCGUGUCCAGCCCGGAGGAGGCCGAAGGCGAGAGCGAGGGCUGGCUGUUGGAGAAGAGCGUGCCGGAGACCUGGAAGGCCUUCCUGGAGAGCUUGAAAAAGCUGGGCAAGGGCAACCAGGUGGAGGCCGGGGGUGCAGAUGCGGGCCAGGCCCCAGAGGCGGGCUGA